AGUAUCUGACGCACCUCGAUCCGGUGUCACUCGGUUUCCUCUUUCUCUCUCCAAGCUUCCUCCAUUCUGUGGGAUCCCAGACUCUUUUUGCUGGCAUUUGCUUGCCAGGCCGGAGUAAACUUCUUCGUGAAGCCGGACCAACCGAAGUUGCAGCUACACAUUCUCACCUCACGCCAUUAACUUGGACGGAGUUUUGAAUGUGCUAUCAAAAUGGCAUAUCAAUACGAUCAAGAUGUGGAGAAAACAGGAGGCAUCGUUGGAACAGGCAGCUCUCACAGCAGCGCGCAGAAGAGACCGAGCAAUCAAUACGAAGACGGAGCUGUACCGGGCGAAAGUUUUGAAUAUGGCAACGGCUGGUAUGCGAAAGUGCAGCGCUUCGCAGGGAAGUUGAACGUCGAACAACGCGGGAUCGAACGAGUGCCCGAGGAUGAACGAACGGAUGAUGGGUUCAAGGCGUUGUUGAAUGUGUCGACGAUGUGGCUGUCGGCAAAUAUGGUCGUCUCGUCUUUCGCAAUUGGAAUUCUGGCCAAGUCGUUGUUCUUCCUUGGAGUCGCAGAUGCAAUGCUUGUUUGCAUCUUCUUCAACCUCAUCGGUAUCACGCCCGUCUGUUUCUUUUCCACGUUCGGACCCAAAUUUGGCCUCCGACAAAUGGUACUUUCGAGAUUCUGGUUCGGCUGGUGGGGUGUCAAGCUCAUUGCCGUGUUCAACGUGCUCGCAUGCAUAGGGUGGUCUUCGGUUAACUCGAUCGUCGGAGCGCAACUCAUCAACACGGUCAAUCCGUCCGUUCCUGGCUUCGCUGGGAUCCUCAUCAUUGCGUUCUGCACUUUCAUAGUGUGUACGUUCGGCUAUAAGGUUGUCCACGCUUACGAAUUUUACUCCUGGAUUCCCGCAACAAUUAUCUUCCUCAUUGUUCUUGGACUCUUCGCCCACAGCGGCGACUUCGUGGACAUCCCUUGGGAGACCGGCAAAUCGGAAAUGGGAAACGUCCUUUCCUUUGGAGCGACAGUCUAUGGCUUCGCAACAGGUUGGACAUCUUACGCAGCAGACUACACCGUCUACCAACCCUCCACCCAAUCCCGCCGCAAAGUCUUCUUCUGGACCUGGCUCGGUCUGAUCGUCCCCCUCCUCUUCACCGAACUCCUCGCAAUCGCCAUCAUGAGCGCAACAUCCCUCAACAACGGCGACAACCGCUACGCCUCCGGCUACGAAACCUCAGGAACUGGCGGUCUCCUCGGUGCAGUUCUGAUCUUUCACACAGGAACCUUUGGCAAAUUCUGCCUUGUCGUUUUGGCGUUAUCAAUCAUCGCCAACAAUUGUCCAAACAUCUACUCCGUUGCCCUCACAGUCCAAGUCCUAUCCCGCUACGCCCAGCGCGUCCCACGCUUCAUCUGGACGGGCGUCGGAACAGGUGUAUAUAUCGCGAUCGCGAUCCCGGGAUACAGCCACUUCGAAACCGUAUUGGAGAAUUUCAUGAAUUUCAUCGGAUACUGGCUCGCCAUCUACGAAGGCAUCUCGUUGACGGAGCAUUUUGUCUUCAAGCGAGGCUUCGGAGGUUACGUUCCUGAAUUCUACGAUCGUCCGGAGAAGUUGCCGCCCGGGUUCGCGGCUGUGGCAGCUUUUGUUUGUGGUGUUGCUGGUAUGGUGACGGGGAUGUCUCAGACGUGGUUCGUAGGUCCAAUUGCACUGCAUGCGGGCGAGGCGCCGUAUGGAGGUGAUGUUGGUUUCGAGCUGGGCUUUGCGUUUGCUGCUGCGUCCUAUUUGGUCUUGAGGCCUGUCGAGUUGAAGUUCUUUGGAAGGUAG